AUGAGUAGCAUUCAUAUCACUCUUUCGUUUCUCUUUUUGUUCAUUUUUAAGUUUCAAGAGCUGUUUGCGGCUCCUACUAGACACUUGUGUCGUCCUGAGCAAAGGGAUGCACUUCUCGAGUUCAAGAACGAGUUUGAGAUUCGGAAGUCUUCUCUUUAUGAGUCUCAUUUUAUCGUUAUCACUACAAUCCCUUAUCCGAAGACGGAGACAUGGGAAUAUAACAACGACUGUUGUUAUUGGGAGGGUAUCAAGUGUGAUGCCAAGUCUGGGGAAGUUAUCGAGCUAGAUCUCAGUUGCAGCGGCCUCCAUGGCAGGCUACAUUCGAAUAGCAUUCUUUUUAGGCUUCAAAACUUUCGUUCUCUAACCACUCUACACCUUUCACAAAAUCAGUUAUCUGGUCAGAUUCUGUCUAUAAUUGAAAACCUUUCUCAUCUUUCCUCUCUCGACCUUUCUUAUAAUCAGUUUUUUGGUCAGAUCCCAUUUUCACUUGGAAAUCUUUCUCACCUCACCUCUCUCUCCCUUUCAUAUAAUCAGUUUUUUGGUCAGAUUUCGUCUUCAAUUGGAAAUCUUUCUCAUCUCACCUCUCUAGAUCUUUCUAAUAAUCGGUUAUUGGGCCAGAUCCCAUCUUCAAUUGGAAAUAUUUCUCAUCUCACAUCUCUCGAUCUUUGGAGUAAUCAGUUUUCUGGUCAGAUUCCAUCUUCACUUGGAAAGCUCUCCCAUCUAAACUCCCUCUCUCUAUCUUUUAAUCAGUUUUCUGGUCAGAUUCCGUCUUCCCUUGGAAAGCUCUCUCAUCUAAACUCUCUCGAUCUGUCUGUUAAUCAGUUAUCGGGUCUGAUUCCGUCUUCAAUUGGUAACCUUUCGCAUCUCGCCAAUCUCGAUCUUCCUUUUAACAGUUUCGUUGGUGAAAUCCCAUCCUCUUUUGGGAGUUUGAACCAAUUGACCAGAUUACAAGUUGAUUCUAAUAAGCUCAGUGGUAACUUUCCUAUUGCAUUACUAAAUUUGACAAAGCUGUCGUUUCUAGGAAUCUCCGCCAAUCAAUUCACAGGAACGCUUCCUCCAAACAUCACCUCACUCUCCAACUUGGAGUUUUUUUAUGCAAAUGACAACAAUUUCGUUGGAAGCCUUCCUUCUUCUCUCUUCACCAUUCCUUCUUUGACCUUUAUUGAUUUGAGGAAAAACCGACUCAACGGCACUCUUGAGUUUGGGAAUAUAUCUUCAACAACUGAGCUGGAAGUUUUAGCCCUUGGCGGUAACAACUUGAGAGGGCCAAUCCCGAGAUCUACUUCCCAAUUAGUCACUCUUGACCUUCUUGACCUUUCCCAUUGGAACACCCAAGGCCCAGUUGACUUCAGUAUCUUCUCACAUCUCAAAUCAAUCGAAUUUCUUAAAUUAGCCCAUUUGAACACCACAUCUAAGUUUGACUUGAAUGCAAUCUUAUCAUGCUUCAAGUCACUUCGUUCAUUGGAUUUCUCAGGCAACUAUGUUUUAACAAGGAGCCAGAGUUCACUUUCAGAUCCUCCUUCGCAAUCGAUAGACCAAUUAUACUUGUCAGGCUGCGGUAUUACCAAAUUUCCUGAGCUUCUAAGAACCCUUGAGAUCCUGGAGAAGCUAGACAUUUCCAACAACAAAAUCACAGGUCAAGUGCCUAGCUGGUUGUGGACACUACCAAAAUUGAGCUAUGUGGAUCUUUCCAACAAUACUUUCAUCAGUUUCGAAAGGUCAACAAAACACAGAAUAUCCUCUGGUUUGGAGUACUUGUUUGGCUCUAAAAACAAUUUCACAGGAAACAUUCCUUCUUUCAUAUGCGAGCUGCGCUCUCUAAGCAUUCUCGAUUUGUCGAACAACGACUUCAGUGGUUCAAUCCCUCUUUGCAUGGAAAAUCUCAAGAGUAAUCUUUCAGUUCUUAACCUUCGCCAAAAUUGUCUCAGUGGAGGUCUUCCGGAGAGUGUAUUUGAAAAUCUAAGAUCACUUGACGUCGGUCAUAACCAGUUGGCGGGAAAGCUUCCAAGAUUGUUGAUCCAUUUCUCUACUCUUGAAGUUCUAAAUGUGGAAAGCAACAACUUCAACGACACGUUUCCGUGCUGGUUGAGUUCUCUACAAAAGCUGCAAGUUCUUGUCUUACGCUCCAACGCAUUCCAUGGGACGAUCCAUCAAGCCUCGUUCCUUACGCUGAAAAUCAUCGACAUCUCACAUAAUCACUUCACUGGAAUUUUACCAUCGAAUUAUUUUGUGAACUGGAGGGUCAUGUCAUCGCUUAGGACAAACGAAGAUCGGUCGGAUACAAACUACAUCGGAGAUAAAUCUGGUUAUUACCACGAUUCGAUGGUUUUGGUGAAUAAAGGUGUAGAGUUGGAGCUGGUACGUAUCUUGAAAAUCUACACGGCAAUCGACUUCUCCGGAAACAGUUUUGAAGGAGAGAUUCCAAGCUCCAUUGGUCUAUUGAGAGAGCUUCAUGUGCUCAACUUGUCAAACAAUGCUUUCACUGGCCACAUCCCUUCAUCUAUGGGGAAGUUGACAGCUCUCGAGUCACUGGACGUUUCCCAAAACAAGCUUUCUGGAGAAAUAUUGAAAUUAAACUUGAUUUUGAUCAAGGUUUAA